GACAUGGCCACAGACGUAGCUGAUCCUGUGGUCCCUGACUGCAAAGGAGACGUAAGGAGCGGUGCCAGGUCAGAUGCUGACUAUCCUCUUCGGGUUCUCUACUGCGGAGUCUGUUCACUGCCAACAGAGUACUGCGAAUACAUGCCUGACGUGACUAAAUGCAGACAAUGGUUAGAAAAGAAUUUUCCAGAUGAGUUUGCAAAACUUACAGUAGAAAAUUCACCCAAACAGGAAGCUGGGGUUGGAGAAGGCCAAGGAACUGCAGGAGAAGAGGAAGAGAAGAAGAAGCAAAAGAGAGGUGGAAGAGGUCAGAUAAAACAGAAGAAGAAGACUGUACCACAAAAAGUUACGAUAGCUAAAAUUCCUAGAGCAAAGAAAAAAUACGUCACAAGAGUAUGUGGCCUUGCAACCUUUGAAAUCGAUCUUAAGGAAGCGCAAAGGUUUUUUGCUCAGAAAUUUUCCUGCGGUGCCUCAGUAACAGGAGAAGAUGAAAUAAUCAUUCAGGGGGAUUUCACAGAUGACAUUAUCGAUGUAAUACAAGAGAAGUGGCCUGAGGUGGAUGAUGACAGCAUUGAAGAUCUUGGAGAAGUCAAGAAGUGAUAGUGAAAGACUACCUUUAUUUAAUUUUAUGGUUAUUAAUGAUGUAGCCAAAGUGAGGCUUCUAAAUCCAUUGACUCUGCAGUGAAACUGUGGAGAACCCGUAUCCUUGGCAUUUUCACUGUUCUGUAUAGGCUGCUUCUUUUUUUGUUGUGAUAUUUGCCAAAGCUAAAUUGGGGUUCUAUCAUGCUUACGCAUGAAGUAGAUUUAAAUAAAAUUACUGUUCCUCA